CGCCAGAUGCCGUCGCGAAGAGACGCGCGUCUCGCCGCGCCGCGCCGCCGCGCGUCCGCGCUCGCCCUUAUCACCUUAUCACCCCUUAUCAACCCAUCGCAAAACCGAUCGCGGCCCGCCAGUUGAUUUCACGCGAUUUCCACAUGUGAUUACCGUUUAUGAUCAUGACUGCAUUGUGUUUGGCAAAAUUGUGUGUUUUGAUGCUUUCCUUGGUUUUGGAUGUUACCGGUCAAGGUCAACAACAGCUAUUUAACAAUAAGUUGGCAUGCAUAGAGAAAGAAGAGUGCGGGGCCUGUCUCACCGCGGCGUCGCAUUGUCGAUGGUGUGCUGACCCUUACUUCGGGAACAGAGUGCCGAGGUGCAAUGAUGACGAGAGUCUGGUGGCAGCUGGGUGUGGUCAGGGCCUAAUCCAGCGUCCUUUGAAUCCCUUAUGGGAGGUUGUUGAGAACCGGCCCCUUCAAGACGUUCGCAAUGACAGUGUUGAAGACGUGGUGCAGAUACAACCACAGAAACUGCGUCUUUCUCUUAAGCCUCGGGAAACAAAAAAGAUAAAAUUUAAAUACCGACCUGCGAAAAACUACCCCCUGGAUCUGUACUACCUGAUGGACCUCACGUGGUCGAUGAAGGAUGACAAGAAGACACUCGUGUCGCUGGGAGACGACUUGCUCGCUAUGCUGAAGAAUUUGACUGAUAAUUUUCGGCUGGGUUUUGGCAGUUUCGCAGACAAGCCGAUGAUGCCAUACGCCUAUAUGGAUCCCAAUCGAAUGAAGAACCCUUGUGCCCUUCAAGAUGAAAGCUGCGAGAUGACUUAUAGUUACAGACAUCAUUUGUCACUCACUACAGAGGUCAAUGACUUCAUAGAGAAGGUGGACAAGAGUUCAGUGACAGCGAACCUGGACAACGCUGAGGCACAGUUGGAGGCGUUGGUGCAGACCGUGGCGUGUGACGUCAUAGGCUGGGCGCCACGGGCGAGGAAGAUAGUCAUACUGCUGUCUGAUGGGCUGAUGCAUACAGCUGGAGACGGGAAAAUCAGUGGAACGGUGAUGAGAAAUGACGAGGCUUGUCAUUUAGACGAGAACGGAUACUACUCCGAGGCCCUCACGUACGACUACCCGUCGAUAGCUCAAGUGUACAGGCUCUUAGAUGAGUACAAGGUGAACGUUAUAUUUGCUGUGACCGAUGACGUCAAAAGGCACUACGAUCAACUGCACGAGCUACUAAAAGAUUUCACUUACGUCGCUAAGUUGGAGAGCGAUAGUUCUAAUAUAUUGAAGCUAGUCAAAAUGGGUUAUGAAGAUAUAGUGAGCGUGGUAGAUUUUGAGGACAACACAAACGAGGGACCAAUGACAAUUAAGUAUUUCAGUGACUGUGGAGUGCCUGAUGGACCGUUGGUGGAAACGACUCGGUGCACCGGCGUCGAAUACGGAAUGACGUUGAAUUACGAAGCGCACAUUACUUUGGAAUCUUGUUCUGAGUUUAGAACGUACUACGAGGAUAUCAACAUCAUAGAAAGUCAACUGGGUCAGGAUACGCUGGCCUUGGAGGUCCAGGUCCAGUGCGGCUGCAACUGUUCCGGAGACCAGCUCAAAGACAUCUCCAUGUCUUGUCCAUUGAAUUCGCAUCCUGUCUGCGGAGUCUGCCAGUGUGAUAAGGGAUGGUCCGGCCCUAGCUGCGACUGCUCCAUAACGGACGACACCGCGUCCGCGGAGCUGAUGAUGCAAUGUCGCGCCCCCAACGCGAGUCGAACCUGCUCUGGCGCCGGCGACUGCCUCUGCGGGAGGUGCGAGUGCGACCCGGGCUACCAGGGGCGGUACUGCCAGUGCCAGGCUUGUGAUGUGAGCAUUGAAAAUGGGUUAGAAUGCGGUGGUGUUGGUCGUGGCUCCUGCGUGUGCGGCCAGUGCGCGUGCGCGGAGGGUUGGGGGGGCUCCGCGUGUGACUGCGCCCUCAGCAACGAGACCUGUCUAGCGCCGGGCAGCGACGAAGUCUGUUCGGGACAUGGCUCCUGUGAAUGCGGCAAAUGUAUAUGUUCAUGGAGCGAUGACACCCCACCGACGAGGUACAAGGGGACGUACUGCGAGACGUGCGCCACGUGUCAGAACCCACUGUGUACCACCGCCGAGCCGUGCGUGUCGUGUCACCUCAACGACACGUGUGUCGACUCGUGUACUAUAUCCAGUGUAAACUACACUGUAGUGGAGAGCUUUAACAGUACAGAAGCAGCUAACAUCAACGACAUUAGCUGCAUAUACCGGCUCAAAGACUGUGAAUACCGCUAUACUUACGCUGCGGCCACCAAAGAGUCUAUUGACAUGGAGAUCGUCAUACGCAGCAAGGAAUGUUCCCAAGUCAGCAGCGCUAGGAUCAUGAACGUAGGAUUCGCUAUCAUGCUGUGCAUAGUGGUCGCAGGAAUUGUAGUCAUAUUGAUAGUCAAAAGCCUUCAAAUCAUGUCCGAUAGAAGGGCCUACGCUAAGUUUGUUAAGGAAGCUGAAAUGAGCAAGAUGGACUAUCAGGAGAUGAAUCCGAUUUAUAAGUCUCCGAUUUCACAGUUCACAAUGCCCGAAGACUUUCCUAGAGAUAAAAUGGAAUGAUUAAAAGUGUAUGUUCAAAAUAUAUAUAAAUAUAUAUAAAUAUAAUAUAUAUAAAUAUAAAUAUAUAAAUAUAAAUAUAUAUAAAUAAAUAAAUAAAAAUGAAGUUUAUCUAUCAAUGAUUUUUAUUGAUACAUCAAUACUGGGAUUGUGAACGGAAGUUAACUAAAACUAACUGGCCGGUCCUAUAUUGUGACGGGUUAUUACACAAUUUUAUGAAGCUUUUCGGUACCUACCAUUUAAUCUCACCAAAAUAAUAUUUUUAACAUAUAAUAAAGCGUUUUGUGGCACAACGUUUCGUACUAUAAACUACUUCUGAGAGAAAAUUAUAAAGACUAUAAAUAUAUAAAUUUGAAGUUAUCACGUAUUUAAAUCUUCUUGCUUAUGUCAAAGAAAUUACCGUGCCUAGCUGUACAACUCUUUGAUAAUUAUUACCAUCCUAAACAUCAAAUCUUAAGUACUUUUUAAUGGUUUUCAACUUAACGUAGGUAUGGUUAAAUUGGUUAGUCUACGGUUAGUUUAAAGAAUUUUAUGAUGAUAUGAACUAAAAAUGCUAUUCAUAUACGUCAUAAUAUAAGUAUUAUGUAAAAAAUUACGUACUGUUCUUAAGUCCAAAGAAAAGUUUUUGUAAAUAUUUUAAAUUUUUUUUCAUUCAUUGUAAUUGUUUUUUGAAAGAUUUUGCAUCAGCUAGUUUCUUCACUAUUAAAAAUUUUCUAUUAAAAUGUUAUAUCCUAAAUUAUUAUAUAUAUAAUAUUAAGAUUAUUAUUUAGAUUUAUCUUUUUACAGUCGCUAGUCUCCAAUUUUGCAUAAAUUUUGUACUUACCAAUAUAAUGACUUAUUGUUUAGAUAGUUCCUAAUGUAACACUAUAAUAAAUUAUGUUUAAUUAAGAAAUAUAAAUCUGUUACUUAAAAUGAUUAAAACAACUUUGAAAUGGUCUUAUUUUUAUUGUUUUCUUAAAACAUUUAUUUUAGUCGGCUUUGAAUUGUGGUCGUUUAUGAAGAGGUUUAUUUUACAUAUUUUGUAGGAAUAUUAUAUUUUUUAACUGAA